CUGGGCGCCGGAAAGACCGUUUUCGCCAAGGGAUUGGCGCGGCACUACGGAGUGGAUCCCAAUCAGGUCACCAGUCCGACGUUCGCCCUGGUGGCGCGCUACGGCGAGGGAAGCCGCCCGCUGUACCACCUGGACCUGUACCGGAUCGAGCGCCCGGAGGAACUCCGGGAGCUCGGCAUCGAGGAAAUGGAGGAGGAAGACGCGAUCGUGAUCGUCGAGUGGCCGGAGCGGCUCGCACACUACUGCCGCACCGACGCGAUUCGGGUGCGCCUGCUUCGCGAGCGGAACGGGACCCGGCGGAUCGAGAUCGCGGCGGGGAGCGACGGACGAUGA